GUGAGCUGGAUCUGUUGUGUAGGAGCGGAGCGCACACUGCUGCACCUUUUCAAUGGAUUUCAAUACAGUGGAAGUACCCUGGGAAUUAAACUAAGUCGCUUUUGAAGUCGCGCAUUUCGUUCCAACAAGGGUUUUUUUUUUGUUUCACAUGCAGAGGAAAACGAUGAUCCUCGCAGUCCUGUAUGUUCUUCUGCCUCUUUUUGAUGUGUUGUGUUACGCAGAGGAGAACCUGCGCGCCGGAGCCACCCGGCUGGACUGUGUGAGGGCCAGCGAGCAGUGUCUGAAGGAGCAGGCGUGCAGCACCAAGUACCGCACCAUGAGGCAGUGCGUGGCCGGCGGCAAGGAGAGCAACUUCAGCAUGGUGGCCGGCCUGGAGGCGAAGGACGAGUGCCGGAGCGCCAUGGACGCGCUCAAGCAGAGUCCGCUGUACAACUGCCGGUGUAAAAGGGGCAUGAAGAAGGAGAAGAACUGCCUCCGCAUUUACUGGGGGAUCUAUCAGACGUUACAAGGUAAUGAUUUCUUGGAGGAUUCUCCGUAUGAACCGGUGAACAGCCGUCUGUCUGACAUAUUCCGCCUGGCUCCCAUCAUAGAGGGUGGGGAACCGUGGAGCAGCUCUGCCACCUCGGCUCCAGGCAGGGGGGGCGCCCAGGGCAGGGUAUCCCAGGGCAGAGAGCCCGCUCUGGGCCGAGGCAGCCCCUCCUCCACGGAACUGCAGGAUCCCAGUAGAAACAGGAGAGCUCAUCCCAAUUGGGCCAUACUGGGUGAGCCUGCGGUGGCCAGAGAGAACAACUGCCUGAACGCCGCCAAGGCCUGCAACCUGAACGACACGUGCAAGAAGUACCGCUCGGCCUACAUCAGCCCGUGCACCAGCCGAGUCUCCACCGCUGAAGUCUGCAACAAGAGGAAAUGCCACAAGGCCCUGCGGCAGUUCUUUGACAAGGUUCCUCCAAAGCACAGCUACGGCAUGCUGUUCUGCUCGUGCCCGCUCAGCGACCAGACGGCGUGCUCCGAACGCCGCCGCCAGACCAUCGUCCCCGUCUGCUCGUACGAAGAAAAGCAGAAACCCAACUGUCUGGAGCUGCAGGCCUCCUGCAAGACCAACUACAUCUGCAGGUCACGACUCGCUGACUUCUUUGUCAACUGCCAGCCGGAGCCUCGCUCGCUGUCGGGCUGUCUGAAGGAAAACUACGCCGACUGUCUGCUCUCGUACUCGGGUCUGAUCGGUACGGUGAUGACUCCCAACUACCUGCGCUCGCCCAAAAUCAGCGUGUCCCCCUACUGCGACUGCAGCAACAGCGGCAACAACAAGGACGAGUGUGACAAGUUCACCGAGUUUUUCACAGACAACACCUGCCUCCGUAACGCCAUCCAGGCCUUCGGGAACGGGACGGACGUCGGGGUUUGGCAGCCGAUGUCCCCCGUCCAGACCACCACCUCCACCACCACCCCCUACCAAAGAAACCGCGAACGCAACCCCAACACCAUCGACAACCACAUCAACACAGAUCCCGGCAUCUACCACUUCUGUGGCAGCCUACAGGCUCAGAAGUUGAAGUCGAACUCCAGCGUGGACGGCGUCCUCUGCGUGGACCCUCAGAUAGACGGUCCCAGUACGUCCAACGCCAUCCUGAGAAACGGAGCGGCCUCCAGACGGCCCGCGGGCCUGGCCUCGCUGCUGCCCCCGCUGCUCUGGCUGUGGUACUGCAGCCUGCCGGGGGACUUGUAGCCGCUUCGCAGCAACAAACUACAACGGACUGACAAACACACAUUUGUAUAAAAGAAAAAGCAAAACAAGAAAUUAUAUCCUUUUCUUUUCAGUAAUACCUGUUGUACUUUCAUUUCCUCCCUGGAUUCUCUCUCUUUUGAUUCCUACUUCGAUUUUUUUAUGGAUUUUGGAGAAGCUUUGUUGUUUUAUCGUCUUCGUUUUGUUUUGGUUUUUUAGCAUCGCAGCUGUGUGCUACUAAAACGGUGAUCUACUAUACAUGUUAACUCAGUUCUGGCUGUGCGUUCACGUUGGGUUAGUUGAAAAAAAAAUAAAAAUAAAGUAAAGGGAUUUACAGCUUCUAUUUAUUCUGCUCACUUGGGCAGAAAUGAGAAAAUCCUCUAGGACUACAUUCCAAUAAACCACAGCUGGUGGCUCUUGGAAGCGCAAUGUAAAUUAGCAUCAGUUUUCAGAGUCGUCCAAUCAGUUUCCACCCACGUCUGUCUGUGUGUUGAGGCUAUCGGUGGGAUCUUUCGCUUAAAAGUCACAGUCUGUUCAGUAACUGCUACAUCCUGUCACUCGGGCAGCCUUCUAGGUGUUUUUCCGUCUCCUCUGUGGUGUGUGUGGUUUGAUGAUGACGUGAUCUGGUGUUUUACAUUCUCGUGAGCUGAGUGAGAGGUCCACCCCGUCUCGUUUCCUUUCAGGACAAACGCCGACAACUUCAAACGUCAGCCAGAAACAUCGUCUGUGCCCAAACUGUCCUCACUGUAGCUCGUACUGAACACACGCCGCCGCCGCUGGCAAAAGCACACGAGCAAAGUCCCACAAACACGUACUGCACAUGUGCACACAUUCAGACGAACACACACAGCGGCAGACUUUCCCUCCACCUCGGCCCGCCUAACGAACUGCUGCUCAUUAGUGAUUGUACAUACUCGUAAUUGUCCCGGCCACGUUUUGGUGUUUCUCUUCUGGACGAGGUGACGGAGAAGCUGCUGAGCUUUCACCCGGAUGAGCUUG